CCUGCACAAUGUCUGUGUCUGAUGCUAGUUUUGGGUGGAGCAGACAUCGCUCGAUGGCGUUGAGUGGGGCGGAAUCCGUGGUGCUGCUCGCGUCUCGAGACUCGUUUCUCCCGGAAGUGGGUGGUUAAGUCGCCACUCGGUCACUGCUGGCUAACGAGCGAUCGCUGGGAUGAAGGAGAGUCGGGGAUAUUCUUGGGGCUGACAAAUAUCCGACGACACAGUAGUGAAAUUUAAUUUUUAACCAAUUAGUUUGCGGUAUAUCCGCAGAAAUCCACCUCGAACGCUCACAAAAAAGGCUCAGACACCCCGCCGCCAAGAUGAUGGAAGAAAUUGACAGAUUUCAAGUCCCGACUGAGGCAGAGAUGCAGCCUUUUGAUCCAGCAUCAUCGACCACAUCAGAGGCAGACUCAGAUACCAGGGAGAAUGAACCUGCCACCCUGAACUAUAAACCUUCUCCUCUCCAUAUGAAGAUAGACAAACAGAGAGAGCUGGUUAGGAAAGGUUCGCUGAAAAAUGGUAAUGCAGGAAGCCCUGUCAAUCAACAACCCAAGAAAAAUAAUGUGAUGGCCAGAACAAGGUUAGUGGUUCCCAAUAAAGGCUACUCUUCUUUAGACCAGAGCCCAGAUGAGAAACCUUUAGUUGCUCUAGACACAGACAGCGAUGACGACUUUGACAUGUCUAGAUAUUCCUCAUCAGGAUACUCAUCAGCCGAGGUGAGGUCUCUAUGGGAACAGCAGAUAAACCAGGAUCUGAACAUCCAGCUACUGAAAGAUGGAUACAGGCUGGAUGAGAUCCCUGAUGAUGAAGACCUGGACCUCAUACCGCCCAAAUCCGUCAACUCCACCUGCAUGUGCUGCCAAGCCACCUCCUCCACUGCUUGUCAAAUCCAGUAAACCCAUCACCUUUACUCCUCCUCGUGCUCCCUCUCUCUCUCUCUCUCUCUCUCUUUUCCAUCCCUUAUUCCCGUUCAUAACCUCCGAUAAGACAUCUAAUCAAUAUUACAGUGGGAAAUGUACAGUACAGUAAACGUUACGAUAAACAUAGUGUACAGGAAAAUGUGAACACACACACAUAGGCCUACACAAAAACGCAUUACAUGUGCUAACACACACAUACACACAUUUACUCUAACAUACGAUUAUUAACAUGACUAUUAUUGGUUGCUUCCUCCUAUGGCAGGAUAUGCACUGUUUUGCUAAUACGCUAGGAGAGUCUGCUCACUUUCACCUCCUAGUCUGCAUUGCGUUAUACUGUAAAAGUGAAAGUAGAACAAAUAAAGCUUUAAAACGGCUUUAAUUGUGAUUUAAAAACAACAACUUGAUGUUACAGAGAGUUUGAAAUAGCUUAUCCACAGAAUUAUCUGCUUUCAUAUUGCACUCAUUGCAUUAACGUUGUCGUUAGGGUAAGAUUUGAUUUCCGUACGGAUCUGGUUGGAUGUUUAUUGUUCGUGGCUGCUAUUGAGGCUAUACUUGGGUUCGUUUUUUGUUGAACAUUUUGCAUGUUGGUGCAUUCGUACUGCAGCGCUAACAGUAGCCUUGUCUGGCAUGCACCUGGGCAUCACACUUUGUUUUGUUUACUCUUGGUAUGUCACAUACGUGUAUUUAAUUGAAUCAUGUUUGAAACUACGCUGGAUUUGAGAUGCGAAUGUGUCAUGAAAGGAAAGGCAAUAUUCUUCUUUGAGAAUUUGAUCUGAUUGGUCAACUAGGCCUGGACUGUUGUUCUUUUCACAGUACCUCU